UAGCCAAGGUUGUACCCUGUGCUGCAGCUGGACUUGGUAAUGUGUAAGAGUUACCAGGGUGGUACUGGUUUUGAAGGCAUGAAGGGGUCAUGAAACUGAGACUUGGCACUGAGAGAGGCCAUGGAAGUCCCUUGGCGAAGGUGCAGCCUCGGCUGCAGUUGAUGGCCCAAGACUGAAGGGGUCAUGCAAAGAGGUUGAGGCUUGGCACCAUAAAGAGAGCCUAUGAGAGGAUAUUGGUGAAGCCUAGGUGCAGUGGAAGAUCCCAGUAUAUUGUAGAUGCCAGUACCAUGGGAUUAUAUCCAAGAAGAGCAGUGGCAGUGGAGUGGAUCAACCUGAGCUUAGAGUGCUACCGAGGGCAGAGCUGGAGGAGCCCAGAAGAUCAUUUGUGGAUCCCAAACAUUGAAGAUGCCUGAGGUGUGGGCUGUCUACUGAGGAAAGCGGCUAACAGGGAGUGGAAGCAGCCCAGGAGAAAGAAGUUCAUUGCACUCAACAAAGAUGAAAAAGGAGAUGGAGAUCUGAAGACCACUUUGACAUCAGAAUUGGAGAUGGAGAGUUUGGAGUCUGUCCAGCUGGUUUCCUGUCUUGCUUAGGGUAUUACAGUUAAGUGAUUGAAUGAAUCUCAGAAGAUACUUUGAGCUUUGGACUUUUAACACUAUUGAGACUGCCAAACAUUAUGAGGACUUCUGAAGUUGGACUAAGUGUAUUUUGUAUUACGUCGGCGCCCAUGCCGCCAGUGUGAUGCAGUCACCUAUGAGGAUGUGUAUGUGAGUUUUACUCAGGAAGAGUGGGCUUUGCUGAAUCCUUCCCAGAAGAAUCUCUACAAAGAUGUGAUGAUGCAAACCUGCAGGAACCUCAUUGCUAUAGGCUACAAAUGGAACAAUCAGAAUAUUGAAGAACAUUGUCAGAGUUCUGGAAAACACGAAAGGGAUAUCAUCUGCCACUCAGGAAACAAGCCAUUUGUGCACAAGGACUAUGGAAAGAUGCAGUUUACCUCUCUUUCGCCAACAACAGUUAGAGGAUAUAUGAAUAGACUUCAUGAAUAUGACAUGAAUUUACAAGCACUUGGUGUUCCAACUACAGUGGGAAUGCAUCAACAGACUUACAAUGGAGAAAAGUCUUAUGAGUACCAGGAAUAUGGGAAUUCUUUUGUUUAUCCUGGUUCACUUUGCAUAUGUAGUGUGAAUCACACUGUAAGAAAAUGUUAUGAAUGCACUCAGUGUGGUAAAGCUCUGAGUUCUCUUCAAAGACAUGAAAAAACUCAUCUUGGAAGAGAAAUUGAUAAAUGUAAGCCAUGUACUAAAGGCUUUAACCAUCACAUGUAUUUUCAAACACACAAAAGAACCAAUAAUGAAGAGGAUACCUAUGAAUAUAAUCAAUGUGAUAAAGCCUUUAGAUCUGAUUCUUCCUUACACCAAAGACCUCAUUUGGAAGUAGCACCCUAUAAAUAUUAUCAGUAUGAAAAAGACUUUGCACAUCACAGUUGUCUUCAAGAACAUAGAACUCAUACUGGAGAGAAACCUUAUGAAUGUAAUCAGUGUGGUAAAGCCUUUGGAAGUCGCCAUUAUCUUAAAACACAUGAAAGAAUUCAUACCGGAGAGAAACCCUAUGCAUGUAAUCAAUGUGGUAAAGCCUUUACACAUUACACAAGUCUUCGCAAGCAUGAAAAAAUUCAUACUGGAGAGAAACCCUAUGGAUGUAAGCAGUGUGGUAAAGCCUUUGCAUGUCGCAGUAAUCUUCAAAUACAUGAAACCUCUCAUAAAGGAGAGAAGCCCUAUGAAUGUAAUCAGUGCGGCAAAGCCUUUGCACAUAUCAUUUACCUUCAAAGGCAUGAAAGAAGUCAUGGAGACAAACCAUAUGAAUGUAAUCAAUGUGGUAAAGGCUUUACACAAUUUGGGCUUCUUAAAAAACAUUAUAAAAAUCAUACUGGAGAGAAACCCUAUGAAUGUAGUCAGUGUGGUAAAGCCUUUGCACGUCGAAAUGAACUUCAAGUACAUGAAAGAAUUCAUACUGGAGAGAAACCCUAUGAAUGUAGUCAGUGUGGUAAAGCCUUUACAAGUCGGAGUAAUCUUCAAACACAUGAAAGAACUCACACUGGAGAGAAACCUUAUUUAUGUAAUCAGUGUGGUAAAGCCUUUGCAAGGCGCCGUCAUCUUCAAAUUCAUGAAAGAAUUCAUACUGGAGAGAAACCCUAUACGUGUAAUCAAUGUGGUAAAGCCUUUACACAUUUCACAAGUCUUCACAAUCAUAAAAAAAUUCAUACUGGAGAGAAACCCUAUGCAUGUAAUGAAUGUGGUAAAACCUUUACACAUUUCACAAGUUUUCACAAUCAUAAAAAAAUUCAUACUGGAGAGAAACCCUAUGGAUGUAAGCAAUGUGGUAAAGCCUUUUCAUUUCGCUGUAAUCUUAAAAUACAUGAAGCCUCUCAUAAAGGAGAGAAGCCCCAUGAAUGUAAUCAAUGUGGUAAAGCCUUUGCACAUAUUGUUUAUCUUCAAAGGCAUGAAAGAAGUCAUGGAGACAAACCAUAUGAAUGUAAUCAAUGUGGUAAAGGCUUUACACAUUUUGGACGUCUUAAAAAUCAUCUGAAAAAUCAUACUGGAGAGAAACCAUAUGAGUGUAAUCAAUGUGGUAAGGCCUUUGCAUGUCAAAGUAAUCUUCAAACACAUGAAAGAACUCACACUGGAGAGAAACCCUAUGUAUGUAAUCAGUGUGGUAAAACCUUUGCAAGUCGCUGUAAUCUUCAAGUACAUGAAAGAAUUCAUACUGGAGAGAAACCCUAUUCAUGUAAUCAGUGUGGUAAAGCCUUUUCACAUAUCAUUUAUCUUCGAAGGCAUGAGAAAACUCAUACAGAAAACAAACAUUAUCAAUGUAAUCAGUGUGGUAAAGACUUUGUAAGUCAAAGUAAUCUUCAGAAACAUGAAAGAAGGCAUACUGGAGAAGUAACCAAUGGAUGUAAUUGAUGCAGUAAAACUUUGUUACAUCAGUAUAAACCCUACUAAUAUAAUCAGUGUGAUUGAUUAUAUAAGCGUUUGCAUGUUACAGUCUUCUUCAAAGGAAUGAAUCCCUACUGAAGAGAAACACCACAAAUCUAGUAAAUGCAGUAAAGCCGUGCAUACCAAGCACAUUUUCCCCCCACUGAGUCAUCUUCCUGGUACUCAUGUUAGUAUAAUCAUUUCAUCAUUAAAGUAUUGUUUUGUUUUCAAAUUGUAUAUACAUUUUCAUCUAAGAAUAGAGGUAUACCAAACAAUUUGACUAAUAAAACCUAUUUGAAAAUGAAAA